AUGCUGGACAGCAACGGGUACUCGGACAUCUACCUAGAGGCUCCCUCUGACCUGAUCAGGGAGGUGAAACCAUAUGAAAGAUCAGGGGCCUGCGAGGCAAUCGAUAGAUAUAACAGAGACGUCCCGAACCUUAUGAGCGGAACUGCCAAGGUCAGACUUAUUAAGACGCUUGACUUGACCACCAUUGAGUCUAUUGUUCUGCACUUUAUGAUGCCUCACUUUGUGAUCAACGUCUGA